GAGAGGCUAAAUCAGUAUAUGCAUAUACCUAGUGAGGCAACACAGGUGGUUGAAGGAAAUCGUCCUCCAGCUAGUUGGCCAGUUGCAGGCAAAGUAGAAAUACAUGAUUUGCAGAUAAGAUAUAGGCCCGAAGGGCCACUUGUACUCCAUGGUAUCACUUGCACAUUUGAAGGAGGGCACAAGAUUGGUGUUGUUGGCAGGACAGGCAGUGGGAAGUCCACUCUUAUAGGUGCAUUAUUUCGUCUUGUAGAGCCAGCAGGUGGAAAAAUUGUGGUAGAUGGCAUAGACAUCUCUUCUAUUGGCCUUCAUGAUUUGAGGUCACGGUUUUGUAUUAUACCACAGGAUCCUACGCUUUUCACUGGAACAGUUAGAAGUAAUUUGGACCCUUUAUCUCAACAUUCUGAUCAAGAGAUAUGGGAG